AUGAUUUAUAAAAAGAUUGGAUUAUUUUCAUUAAACAAAACUUAUAAACAAGGAUUUCUUUAUUUUCUAAGAAAUAUUUCAUUUAACAAUGAUCAACAUAAAUUUGAUGUUAUUAUUAUUGGUGGUGGCCAUGCUGGAACAGAAGCUUGUACAGCAGCAGCUAGAAUGGGAGCAAAAACGUUAUUAGUUACCCAUAAGAAAAGCACAAUAGGAGAGAUGUCAUGUAAUCCAUCCUUUGGUGGAAUUGGAAAGGGAAAUCUUAUGAGAGAAAUAGAUGCUUUAGAUGGUGUUUGUUGUCGCAUAUGUGAUCUUUCUGGUAUUAAUUAUAGAAUAUUAAACAAAUCUAAAGGACCAGCUGUGUGGGGUUAUAGAGCUCAAAUCGAUCGUAAAUUAUAUAAAAAACAUUUACAGGAAGAACUUUUUAAUAUGCCUGGUUUACAAAUAUGUGAAUCCUCUGUAGAAGAUUUAAUCGUACAUGGAGAUUCUCCAAGAUGUUGUGGAAUAAUUCUUAGGAAUGGAACAAAAAUUUAUAGUGAUGCAGUUGUUAUAACAACGGGUACUUUUCUAAAAGGACAAAUUAAUAUUGGUUUAGAAAAAAGACCUGCUGGUAGACUUGGGGAUGAACCUAGUAUUGGAUUAGCUAACACAUUAGAAAAUAUUGGAUUUAGAAUAGGAAGAUUAAAAACUGGUACACCACCGCGAAUAGAAAAAUCUACUAUAGACUUUUCCAAAUGUAAUGCCCAAUUACCAGAUGAAGUCUCUAAACCAUUUUCAUUUAUGAACGACACUGUCUGGUUGCCUGUAGAAAAACAAUUAAAAUGUUACUUAACAUAUACAACAAAAAAAGUAGAAGAAAUUAUAAAAGAUAACAUGCAUUGUAAUUUACACGUUACGGAAGAAAUAUGCGGACCUAGAUAUUGUCCAAGCAUAGAAAGCAAAAUUCUCAAGUUUAAGGGACAUGAGCAUUCAAUUUGGUUGGAACCAGAAGGGCUAGAUUCGCCUUUAAUAUAUCCCGCUGGAUUAUCGUGUACACUUCCAGCAGAGAAACAAGAAGAACUUAUUAAAUGUAUUCCAGGAUUAGAAAAUGCAAAAAUGGUGAAACCAGGUUAUGGAGUUGAGUAUGAUUAUAUUGAUCCAAGAGAAUUAAAUGUUACACUAGAAACCAAAAAAGUUUCAGGAUUAUUUCUUGCUGGACAGAUAAAUGGUACAACUGGUUAUGAAGAAGCUGCUGCACAAGGAAUUGUAGCAGGUGUUAAUGCAGCAGCUAAGGUUCUUAAUAAAAAGUUAUUAAUAAUAAGUCGAACGGAGGGCUAUAUCGGUGUUUUGAUCGAUGAUCUUAUUACACAAGGAACAAACGAACCGUAUAGAAUGUUUACUAGUCGAGCUGAAUUUCGAUUGACUUUACGACCAGAUAACGCGGAUCAAAGACUUACCAAAAAAGGAUAUGAAAUUGGUUGUGUAUCUGAAGAAAGAAUGAAAAAAACAGAAAUAAUUUUAUCCAGAUUAGAAGAAAGUAUACAAUUAUUUAAAAAUGAAAUUCAUUCAAAUUCAAAGUGGAAAAAUUUACUCAAUUUUAAUUAUACUAAAUGUACUAAUGUUAAAUCCGCUUUUGAUUUGUUACAUUAUAACAUGAUAUCCAUCGAUAUGAUUAUUAAAGCGCUUCCGGAUCGCUUUGGACAUCUUGCGCAGGAUUCAAUCAUUUUAGAAAGAUUAAAGAUAGAAGGAUUAUAUGCACCAAACAUUGAAGGAUUGCAAGAAGAGAUCGAUGAAAUUCGUAAAAACGAACAAAUGAUCAUUCCAUCAUCUAUCGAUUAUAACAUGCCUCAACUAAAUUUAUCCCUAGAGGAGAAAGAAAAGUUCUCAGAAUUACAACCAUAUACAAUUGCUGCAGCCACUCGAAUUUCAGGGAUUACUCCAUGUUCUAUUUUGCGAUUAAUACAUUAUAUAAGGAAAAAUGAACUUAAUAUAAAAUAAAAUAUGAUAAUAUAUUAAUUUAAAUAAAUAGUUUAACAAAUUUUAUUUGAAA